GUGAGCGCUUGUGUGUGUGUGGCGAUUGACCUUUGACCCCCAGGAAUACCGGGCGAGAGGUCACGCAAUAAAGGUCAACCUCUUGUGUAUUCGCGCGCGUGUGUGUGUGUGGCGAUUGACCCUUGACCCCCAGGAAUAGCGGGCGAGAGGUCACACGAUAAAGGUCAACCUCUUGUGUAUUCGCGCGCGUGUGUGGUGUGGCGAUUGACCCUUGACCUCAGGAAUACCGGGCGAGAGGUCACACGAUAAAGGUCAACCUCUUGUGUAUUCGCGCGUGUGUGUGUGUGGCGAUUGACCCUUGACCUCGUUUAUCCACAAUGAGGUCGUCGAUGAUUGUAGGGUUGGUGGCUUCCAUCACCGCCAUGCUCGCUGUCAUCAUCAUCACUAUGGUCGUUGUGAUGAGUCCAAAUACAGGAGGUCUAAAGAGCUACGAGGACUUCGUUAUAAAUGGUGUGAAGACGGAUUCAAUUCGUGAAUUUCUAAGGAACCUGACAGUGUCCCCCCACCAGGCAGGAAGCGCCCGGGACCUAGAUAUUGCAAAGUGGAUUAAGGACCAAUGGAUCGAACAUGGUCUCUCGAACGUAAAACUUAUCCCCUAUGAAGUGUUUCUCUCGCACCCUGACGCCGAUAAUCCUAACAUGUUCCACAUCCUGGACCACGAAGGCAACGUGACCCACAGCUCGAACCCACAUCAGCCUCCUGUAGAAGCAACACCUCCUGUGGGACAAGAAAGCAUUUUGUCCUUCAACGCUUUCUCGGCCAAUGGGACAGUGCAGGUGUCUCGCGUCGUGUAUGCCAACUACGGUUCCCUCGAUGACUUUGAUCUCUUGGAAGAAAUGGGCGUGGACGUGGGCGGUGCUAUCGUGGUCAUCCGAUACGGGAAGCUGUUCAGAGGAGACAAGGUACGGUUCGCGAGAGGAUCGGAGGGCGGUGGGCGUGAUACUGUACACGGACCCCAAGGAACGUGCUCAGCCUUACCUUGGGCCGAAGCCAGUACCCGCAACACCGUUUACGCAUCCCCCGCGGGGUCCACGCAGCUGGGGUCCCUUCGCGUUCUCCAGGGGGACCUUCUUACUCCCGAAUCCGCUCACCGAAUUCCUGAAGAACAAACGGAUUCGCCGGGGAUUCCUGUUCAACCUGUUGGCUAUGAGGAUGCUCAGCAGAUCCUCAGCAUCUUAGAAGGCGACAGCGCACCCGAUGAGUGGCAGGGAGGUCUUGACAUGGAUUACAAGCUGGGUGGUGACCUGGCAGGACACGAGGUCAGAUUGGAGGUCCACAAUGUGAAUUCUAGGGAACAGGUGUACAACGUGGUAGGAGCUCUAAUUGGCCAAGAAGAACCAGGUGAUUGGUGUGAUUUGGAGCAAAUCGUUACGGUACUGAUCGGGAACCACUACGAUGCCUGGACCUACGGCGCGAUCGACCCCUCAUCGGCCACCGCCACGCUACUCGAACUCGCCCGCUUGUUCGGCGAGAUGUACAGGGACGGCUGGCGGCCCCGGAGGACCCUCGUCUUCUGCAGCUGGGCGGCGGAGGAACCUGGCGUCAUCGGAUCAACUGAGUUCGCGGAGCAGUUCAGCGCCAUCCUGAAGGACCGCGCUGUUGUGUACCUGAACGUGGACAUGGUCAUGGAAGGGAACUAUUCCUUCAUGGCCAGCGCCGUCCCGACACUCUAUGACGUCAUCGUUGACACCUCGAAGCUCGUGCCCAACCCGGACCGGGACGAGGUCGAGGCGGGGCGUGGCACCCUGUACGACACGUGGGUCCACCCGCUUCCCCAAGAACGAAGCCUGGUGGUGGAGGGCCCGACGUCGCAGCCGCUCUUCCACUCCCUCGGCACCGGCAGCGACUUCCGGGCGUACGUGUUCAACCUGGGGAUCCCUUGCUUGGACCUGUGCUUCGCUUCUGCGCCGGAUGACCCAGGGCUUCCUCUGUACCACUCGGCGUAUGAGACCAAUGACCUGGCUCUGCUUAUGGACCGUGACCUCCUCUACCACCAGGCCACUGCCAGAAUGUGGGGUUUGCUCGCCCUUGAGUUCUCGACGAGGCCUGUUCUCCCGUUCUCCCUCAAGCAGUUCAGCGACUUCGCCAAGGAGGAGUUCAAGAUCUUCAAGAACAAGUUUGGAGCGAAGUUAUUGCUCCUCGGCGUAAGCACAGCUAAUUUGGAUGCGGCCAUUAAGAGCCUCGGCAAAAACAUCGACGACUUCUUGGAGAGACUCGACGCAGCCGACUGGAAUAACGACCUCGUCCUCCGAACUUACAACGAUGCCAUGAUGCUGAUGGAGCGGGCUUUCCUCUCGCCGUUCGGGCUUCCAGAUCGACCUCUCCUCAACCACGUCUUACUAGCCCCGAGCACCUUGAACGGCUACGUGUGGGACGUCUUCCCUGGCCUGAGGGACUUACUACGGACUACCAACGUCUCAGCGACCGACGUGAAGGAACACAUGGCCGCCGUCACUCACCAUUUCAACAUGUCCGCCUCAGCUCUGUCGUUUCGCUUUUGGUAGAUCUUCGUCUGCAGUCGACGUUGUAUGUCGUUUUAUAAAGCUGUAUAUAAGGAGUGUUUUGUCUGAUUUUAUUUUAUGUGAAAUUAAUCAAAACCUUAUAAAUAUAUUUAAAAAGAAAAGAAAAAAAAAAUGAUACACAGCGAGGUUUUAUAAAGCUGAAGGAGUGUUUUGUUUGAUUUGAUUUCAUGUGAAAUUAAUUAAAACCUUAUAAUAAUAUAAUUUAAAAAGAAAAGAAAAGAAAAAUAAUGAUAUACAGCGAGGUUUGAUAAAAUUUACGAGAUUAUAGUAAUUGUAAAUGUAAAAUACAUGGAGAAAUAAAUGUUUAAAGAAACGGUU